GUUUGACAUUUCUUAAUGUGAAUGUGGUUGAUAUUGUGUUAUUAUUACAAUACUUCCUGUGAGAAAAAAUUGCAAUUGUAGUUUUAAAAUUAAAAUUAAACUUAUUUAAAAUGCCUUCCAAGCAGAGAAAAAUAGCUAUGAUGGGUUACAGAUCAGUUGGUAAAUCUUCUCUUAUUAUUCAAUUUGUCGAGGGACAGUUCGUUGACUCUUAUGACCCCACAAUUGAAAACACGUUUACAAAGUUUAUUCGGCUAAAUUCAACAGAAUAUGAAGUGAAACUAGUAGAUACAGCUGGCCAAGAUGAAUAUAGUAUUUUUCCCUUGCAAUACAGUAUGGACUUCCAUGGUUAUGUUUUGGUGUACUCCAUCACCUCUAGCAAGAGUUUUCAAAUAGUGCAAAUAAUUUAUGACAAGUUACUUGAUAUGGUUGGAAAAAUACAUGUACCUAUAGUACUAGUUGGAAAUAAAACAGAUCUUCAUUUAGAAAGAAAAAUAAGUACAGAAGAAGGGAAAAGACUUGCAGAAAAAUGGAAAGCAGCGUUUGUUGAGACAAGUGCAAAACGUAAUGAGUCAGUUACUGAUAUGUUCCAUGCAAUGUUGUCAGAAAUAGAAAGAUCAGAUGGACAUAUACAAGAAAAGAAUGGGUGUAUUAUAUCUUAAUAAAAUACAAUGCUUACGAACUGUGCUUCUACUUAAGUAAAAGUGAUUUAAACAUAAUUUAAGUUUGUGCACGGCUAUUGUGGUUGCUGCAAGUGAAGUAUAUUUCUAGAAAUCUUUAUGGUACCUUCAAAUGAAUGACGAUAAUAUUAUUGUUUGAUGUGGUAAUUAAGGUAAGGUUUGAAUUAUAAUGAAUGUCAGGGGGUUUUACUAGUAUGAUUUUAAUAUAAAUUUCUUUUGAAAUACUUUUGUACU